CGAGAAUUAACAGUCAGAACAGUCAGUCAAAGCGCGAGAAAACUUCCGUUUCCACGUACGCCAAACGUGCUCGAGCUUGAGCGUGAACCGAUUCUACAGCGAAAAACUUUUCCGGUUCUCGUGGAAAAAUGCAAGAUGGUAGUGUACACCGCUCGUGAAAAUUUGUUCAAAGUGAUGUCUGGGACCUCUUUCAAAUCGUUCUCCAUCGCUGACAUUCUGUCCACCUCGGAUAGUGUAGCAGAAAAUAAAUGUGAAUCUUCGAGCGUGAAGGAAGAGUUGGUCGAUGAAAGUGAAAGCUCCGACUGUGAUUUGGACGUAACUUCGCACUCACCUACGAAGGAUGAUGACGGCAAGGGUGAGGAGAAAGGUGAAGAGGAGAAGAAGACCAAAGAUAAACCCCCUUACAGCUAUAACGCUUUGAUAAUGAUGGCCAUCCGAAGCAGCCCAGAGAAACGCUUGACCCUCAACGGCAUAUAUGAGUACAUAAUGAGCAACUUCCCUUACUACAGGGACAACAAACAAGGCUGGCAAAACUCCAUAAGGCACAAUUUAAGCUUGAACAAAUGCUUCGUUAAGGUACCAAGACACUACGAUGACCCUGGAAAGGGUAACUAUUGGAUGUUGGAUCCAUCAGCUGAAGACGUCUUCAUUGGUAGCGCCACUGGAAAACUCAGAAGGAGAAACACUGCAGCUUCAAGGAGUAGACUUGCAGCUUUCCGAAGAACCUUCCACUUUCCUCAAUUCUACUACCAGAACUUAUACUCUCGUUAUAAUCCCUACAUGAUGAACACUCUGGUACCAAGACCGCCAAUUCUAGGAAGUUUUCCUCAAAUGUUGGACAUGUCGACGGCUCUGAGACAGGCUCCGAUGGAUAUGAGCGCCUAUGGUAUGAGACUUCCAGGUAAUUUUCAACAACCGCUAAGUAUACCGAUUCUGCAACAAGCAAUGGCGUCCUUCACGCCGCAUUCGAGUACUCUCGGACAAGAACAGACCCCUGAGGGACUCCUAAAGCCGGUCACGGUGUUAUCUUUGAAUAAAUAGUGUCUUGGAUUGGAGAUUCGUAUGUUAACUUGUGAUAUUAGUGUAAUGUUAUUUAAUAGAGGAAAAUCUUGUAUAUAUAAUAUAUUAAGACUAAUUUUCUAAUUAGUUCACACAAAUGUAAAUAGAUGAGAAUAAACGUACUAUC